AUGGAAACAGUCAGCGAGGGAAAGAAGCGACUCCAAUUCCUAAAUCUACCAGAAAAGGAUGAUGCUCGAUUUCGGAGCGUCGUGCACGCCCCGCGUCGGGACUCGUCCACAACGACCACUUCCGACCCCGCCACACCUCGACCCUCUUCUCAGGAAAAUUUUUGGCGAUACACACCCUCUACCGAGCGAGGUGCCCCGUAUAUGUCGUUCGGGGACCGAGGCACCACGGCCAGUGCCAGCCCAUACGGUUCCUUGCUACGCAUCUGCCGGCCAAUGCCGACCAGCCGUCUCCACUCGGGCAUGCUGGGAAUAGGACCAAGCAAAGAGCCUGAAGCAUUGUAUGUCUACUGGCGUGCGCUCAAAUUCUUAGACACUGCCCAGCUCCCCACCACUGGAUUUGGAUUACGGAUCAAAGAUGCGAUCUUUCUUGAGCCCUCAAGCGUCGAGUUCUUAGACGACCGAUGGCCGCAGAUUACAUAUUCCAUAGAUAGGAGGUUUGACUUGACCGUAAAGCUGUGGUGCCAUCAUGACACGGUCGUACAGCAGGUACACGUCACUGCAAAGGCCGGCUACUCCCACCCCCCCGAGUUAGAGCUGGACCUAAACAUGUUGCACCUCACGGCCAUGGAAGAUCGGCCGGACCUUGAAGAAGACCAGAAACGCAUCUCUGUACUUAUGGGCUGCUUCAAGAACGGGAUCGCGCAAGAGCUGAUCUGGGAGACUGAGAUAGAAUCUGGCGUCAAACCAAUCCCUAUCACAUACGAAUUUGACGAGACAGGUAGUGCGGAAAUAACUGUCGUCUUCAAGCUUCAGAUGUGCUCACUGAGAGGAGACUGGACGUCCUACGUCACUCCUUGGAAGGAUCUGGACGUCGAUCUUGUGCCCUCCGUGUCCCGAAAUACUGGGACACACUUUGACUCAGACCCAGAGUUGACCAGGCAUUUUCUUCGCAAUCUCGAACAUAUAUUGUCUGUAUGCAGCAUACCAUUGAGACCGAACCCGUUGGAAGAGAGUCCUCCGUCAACACCCGCCUUUCUAGAUGAUGAAGAUCCACCAAUCACGGCAGAUGCAACGGAUGAGAUAGAAAAUAUCCUGCUUCGAAGCAAAGAAAGGCGAUCACUGGCCGGAUUAGGUCCCAUAGCUCUGACAUGUGGUGACUUUGGUGACCAUCGUGUGAGCGUAUCCGGGAGCUUCUUCGCCUUCAUGUUCAUGUUGGAGAUGCAUGAGAAACUCAGCAGCGUGCCGGAAGUCCGCUGCAGAAUACAUGCCGUAUGCCAAGGACAUCUUGAGUGGGUAUUCAAAUUGGGUUCUACGGCAGCCGUUUCAUCCAAUGUGAGUAUCGAUGGUGAGCGGCUGAAAGAUAUCGACAAGACGGACCUCCCAGCGGAUAGCCCCGCGAACAUGCCAAGUCAUAUCAUUAAAGCCACUGAGUAUUUGAAGACCUUCCCAGACGCGGAUGAUCGGGCCUUCGUGUGCGUAAAUCUAGGCAGGUUCGCAGAGACAUGGUUCCGGGAAUUAGCCAAGAAGAAAAAUCAUCUUUCACCGACAUGGCAGCACCGGAAUGACUCGGAGAUCCCUGUUUAUCGCCUUAGUGAUCAAGUCUGGAUAUGGAAGGCAUUGAAAAGCCUCGAGGAGCUUCUUGAUGAAGUCAGGCAGACCCAUAAUGAAAACCCCGACCCGUCGUGGACUGUUUUUCUCAGGGUCGCAAAUAACCUGCCUCGCCAGGAAACCAGAAAGUCCAACUCAGAGCCACUCUUGAGAUUUACCGCGGAAGAGCUACGUCGACAGAACCUACGACGCUUCGCAAUCGAGAAUGAUGUUAUUCGGAAGCGCAUGUUGAGUGUCACCCGCACUACACGGGAGACUCGCUUCCUCUUGCAUUCUCGUGACACUAUCUUGUAUUACGGGGCAGAGUGGGGAUUUUUUACCGGUGAAGAGGCUUUAUGGACACAGCUCAUUGAUGUCCAGAUUGACCAUGACGACAGUAGCAGUAAUGAGAGCCAGUGGGAUAAUCCUCUACGCUAUGGGUUGGCAAUUGAGAUGGCGAGACGGGGACAUCAGUUGGAUCGGAGUUUCUCCCCAUCAGAAAUGCUUUCUCAUGCGAUACAGAUUCUCCUGAGCUCGUCAUCGGAUAAUGGACUUUUUCCAGGCCAACUCGAUGCUUUCAGCAAGGAACCCACGCUAUUUCACCGAGAGCGCUUCCGAGACUUUUACUUCCAUGUUGGAUUCGAGAUACCUUACAUUUUGCUGCGUACCUUCUGUGGAUUGGUCAGGUUUGAUUCAUUGGCAGACGAGGCAGAAUACGGCGAUACCGGUAAAGUAGAGAGACAUCCCAGCGUUGUACAGCCGCAGAGAUCCUCUGCGACACUUCGUAAGGCUACACCAUACCAAAGCAUAAAGAGAAAGCGAUCCCCCAAUUCCCAUGAUGUACUCCUCCAGAGGACUGGGACUUCCCAAGGAGAUGGCACAACCAUUGCGGUCCAAAGAAUCCUCAAGAGACAGAAUCCGUAUGGGAGACCUGACGAUUGGAGCAAUAUCGUGGAGGUACCGGAGGAAUGGCUCUAUAAGUAUCCUGACUUCUUCGAAUCUCAGCCGGUGCUCUUUGACGACACCAUGUGGGAAAUAUAUAAGAAGGCACCACCUACGAUGGAAAAGAUUAUGGAUACGGCGGGGUUCUCAAGGCCCGGCAGGAACGUGCCGACAUUCGCGGGCAGAUGCCACAUAACUGUUGACGACAUCCGCAAGGGUCGGAAACAACGAAAAUGGUCGGCGGAUGAGAAAUCCCAUUGUUGUGACUUCGAUGACCUGGACGUUUUCUGGCACUAUUUCCAGAUACAGCGGUUCUGCCUCCAUAUGCUAUCUUACAUCCCCGAACUGGAGCGGGUACAAAUGGCGCAGUUCUUCGAGCGCCAUGCCAAUAUUCAAGCCAGCUACCUAUCCGACAAUACGGAUCCAGCCUUGAACAGCUGGGUCACGGAAGUUCAUUUCCGAUUCUUCCACUUCUGUGGAUCCGGAGAGAUUAGUGCAAUACCAUAUAAAGAUGGCUCGAUGUCCCCUGUUCGGCAGCUCAGAGCUGAGGCAUGCCGGACCUUGGGAAGCGACACAUACCUUGUGGAUGCUGUGAUUAGCUUUCGAGUUGUUGGCGACUUCUUUGACCGAUACUGGACGUGUCAUGCUCUCCAUAGCUUUGCGGACGAGCAGUAUCACCCACUUGUAAACUAUCGGCGGUCUCAGAAAACACACUGGCAGCAGCGAAAAGUUCUGGAGAUCAUCUUGUUCAACCGCAUUCUGGACACUGUUCGCCGCCACCGCAAGCCACGGGAGCUGCGCGAGACUUUCCAGCUUCUGGUCCUUCUCAAGAACAACAUCGCGAGACUCCAGGGAUUGAUUGACCAGUGGCAACGGAGGGAGAGCUCACAUGGCCGGGGAAGGCCCCGCUGGACACGGAAUGACGAACAGAAAUACCGCCAAGCUAUCAAGCAGAAAAUGAUCCAGUGCGAGGAUCAUGUGCGUGCAAUCAAAGCCAUGGCUGCGCGAAUUGAAUUCCUCAUCGUCCGGGUGACUAACGCACAGGACGCCAUUCGCUCGAAGAAGUCCCUUCAAGAAGCGGGAAACAUCACGCUCUUCACGUACGUAACAGUAUUCUUUCUUCCUGUGGACCUCGCCGUUAGCAUCUUUAGCAUGAAUGGUAUGCCCCCGCAAAUUGCUGUCAAACAUGCGGUCGUCGUCGCUGUCAUCGCUGUUCUGGUCACGUUGGGAGUGUUGUGGUGUGUCCUGAAUCGAAUCUUUCCGACCAUUCUACGCCAGAUGGUAGGGUAUAUCAAAGGCAAGCGAAAGUUGCAACAGAGCGGAGAUGCAGAUGACUCAAGGGCCAGUAGACGUCGGAAGAAAGUUCUUGGUCUGCGGGUUCUUAAUUCCCAAACGGCGGGGUCUCAAGAUCAUAACCAGUCCACUCGACUGAUUGAAGAUCUUGAACGUCAGACUGGACUGGCUCGGCUCUGA